AUGUCUGGAAAGAAAGCCGUGGGCUAUUUUGUCAAUUGGGCUAUCUACGGCCGCAACUAUAACCCCCAGGAUCUGCCUGCUGAUAAAUUGACCCAUAUUCUUUACGCAUUCGCCAAUGUCCGCCCAGAAACCGGCGAAGUCUACCUCUCGGACACCUGGUCUGAUAUCGAGAAACACUACCCCACUGACUCUUGGAAUGAUACCGGAAACAACGUCUACGGCUGCGUCAAACAGCUGGGCUUGCUGAAGCGACAGAACAGAAAGCUCAAGGUCCUUCUUUCCAUUGGAGGGUGGACUUAUUCCCCCAACUUUACCCAGGGUGCCGGUAGUCCCGAGAACCGGGACCGCUUUGCCCAGAGUGCUACUAAGCUCAUCACUGAUCUUGGUUUUGAUGGCUUUGACAUUGAUUGGGAGUAUCCACAGGAUGACACCCAGGCACAGAAUUAUGUGGAUCUUCUCCGGAGAUGCCGUGAGGCCUUAAAUGCUGCUCAAGGCAACCGGAGGUUCCAACUCACUGUUGCUGUUCCGGCUGGCCCGGACAACUACAAUAAACUCAGGCUACAGGAAAUGACGCCGUAUCUUGACUUUUACAACCUCAUGGCCUAUGACUACGCCGGUAGUUGGGACCAAACGGCUGGCCAUCAGGCAAACCUCAACCCGUCCACAGACAAUCCCGCAUCCACUCCCUUCAACACCAUUCAAGCCGUGAACCACUACAUCGAUGCGGGAGGUGUCCCAUCUGAGAAGGUUGUCCUGGGAAUGCCUAUCUACGGACGUGCUUUUCAGAACACCGACGGCCCUGGAAAGCCUUUCUCAGGUAUUGGCCAAGGCACCUGGGAACAGGGAGUGUAUGAUUACAAGGCCCUCCCCCUUGCUGGAGCCACAGAGCAGCUGGACACCAACGUCGGUGCAUCCUGGUCUUACGAUCCCUCGGCAAGAAUGAUGAUUUCGUACGACACCGUGGCUUUGGCUGACAUUAAAGCCCGGUAUAUCAGUGACCGUAAUCUGGGUGGUGGAAUGUGGUGGGAGACCAGCGCCGAUAAGGGCGGCAAGACCGCAAACAAGGCCGACGGAAGCUUGAUCGGCACCUUCGUUGAAGAUGUUGGCGGUGUCGGUGCCUUGGACCAGACAGAGAACGCAAUCGACUACCCCGACAGCCAGUACAACAACCUCCAGAACGGUUUCCAGUAG